AUGGCGGAUAUACAUAGUAUUAUGAAUCCGGUCGAGCCGGAGGAGCCCGUGGUUCCAAAGGUUGAGCCCAGUUUGGAAUCCAGUGUGGAGCCCAGUGUGGAACCCAGCCUGGAACCCGAACAGACGUCUGUAACCCAGCUGACAAUUAUCGAUUCUUUCGACAGAAUCAAGACCCAUUUUCCCGCCGCACGGAUAAAAAAGAUCAUGCAAUCUGAUGAAGAAAUUGGCAAGGUUGCGCAGGCCACGCCGGUGGUGGUGGGGCGAGCGUUGGAGAUUUUCAUUGCCAACUUGGUGGAGGUGUCUGCGUUGGAGGCGAAGAAGAGUGGAGUCCGGCGUAUAGGAGCGGCGCAUAUUCGAGCUGCGGUGGAAAAGACGGAGCAAUUUGACUUUUUGGUGGAUGCGGUGGCCAAGUAUCAAAGCUGA